AUGGGCAUCCCAGCUAAAUCCAAGGCAGAACGCCGGCCAUCAAAACCUCGACCAAGUGCCCUCUACCUCGACAAUCUGCCAGUAGAGAUUCAACGUCACAUUUACAAAUUCGCACUGGUAGAAGCACCCAGAUGGGACAAAUUACAUGACCUCCCGUGCGAAUACAAACCAUCGACAGUUGGUCCUCUCGAACCUCCGCCCUUCUUACACGUGUACAUCAAGGUCUCUGAAGAGGCUGACAAGCCGUGGACGGUCAAUUCAACCACGAAAUGUGACUGCGCAAAGAGAAAGGGAAUUGCACUGCUCCAGACAAACACACGCAUCAAUAGAAUUGCCUCGUCGGUAUUCUGGUCCCUGAAUACCUUUUGCUUCCUCGAUGCUGCGGAGUUCGUCGCCACCGUGGGAACGGCACUCCGACCAGAGUGUCGAGCCAUGAUCCGUUUCGUUAGCAUCAUGAGCCCCAGCAGCUACGAACGACCGUCUCAGGUAUUCUUCAGACCUUUAAAGUCACACACCGAGCUCGCGCCCCGAUUUUGGGACCUUGUAGCAGAGUGCCGGAGCCUGCGGAAACUAGAAGUCCCGGUCGCGUAUUUCGAGCACUUCAAGUCCAAUCCUGAACAGCUAUCCCAACUAAAGGAAAAGUUGCCUGCGCUGCCAGAGAUUGGAAUGACACGGCUGAUGGUGUUCUGUCGAGAGAGAUAUCCUUAUAGCGCCCUCUGGAGAAUCUGCUGCUGCGAGUAUGAAGACUUUGUCACCUAUGCUAGGUGUGCAAGACCGUUUACUCUUAGAGACAUGAGCUGGGAUACCGAAUCCAUUACAGAGAUGCUGCGCGACACGGAGCUCAAUUUCUGUGUGCAUGUCGAUACCGCAAUCAAGGUUCAAUUCCUGGGAGCUGACAUUGAUGAUCUUGCCUCGUGGCUGGACACCCUGUGCCUUGCGCCGGGGAUUCGAGAGGGAAGCAGGCGGCGACGUAUCAAACUACCCAGUGGUAAGGUAACGACAGUUACAUUCUACAGCUUGCCGAUGAGUGAGAAGAGUAGGAUUAAGAAAACUCGGUUCAUAAUGGAACGAGAUCGCCGACAGAAGAGCCUAAAUGGGUUGACGCAUGCCCAGAACGAGGCGCAGGAGGACUUCCGCAACAAUCGACGGUGGGCGAAUGAGAUGGAAAACGAGAGAGAGGCAGAGCGACAGAAGGAGGUUGAGUUGCAGAAGAUUGCGCAGAGAGAGGAGCGUCGGCUUGAGAUACGGACUAUGGAGGAGGAGGCGGAGAGGGAAGCUGUGCGGUUGAGUAAGGCUUUGGGACAGAAGGAGAUGCGGCAGAUACGGAGGGACCGAAAGAGAGGGAGGAAGAAGGGUUAG